AUGGAUGACGGUAGUGGGGAUCAAAAGGCAAACGAUGUGCAGUCUGAUCUCAAACAAAAUUGUGUGGAAAACGUAAAUUCCAUACAGCCACCUUUAAGUGAUAAUUGUGUAGCCAAAAAGACGUCAUUUGAAAUCACUAGUAUCACAGAACCAAAUAACGAUGACAAUGAUGAAGAUUCACCAGACACUGACUCACAUGUUCACGAUCACAGAACAGUAGAUAACAGGCAUGAAGCUGAAUUGCAAAAUUAUGCCGACAACAUGGUUGUGUACAAUACGUCUAAUGAUCUAGGCAGUUCUGCACCAGUCAUACCGACUAGCUCACAAUAUGGUCUGGCUAUUGUUGAUAAUUCAGAUGGUGGCCAUUCUUUAGGUUCCAUAAAGAAUGAAGAUAUGCAUGGCAUCGAUGCUAAUUCACAAAAGAAUGAGUGCGAUUUAAAUGGUCUUCAAAACAAAAACAGAAAUGAGAGGUUCAAAGUGGUGAAAAUUGAAAGUACAGAACCAUUUAAACGCGGCCGUUGGGUGUGUAUGGACUUUUUAGAUCAUUCAAUGAAUCAACAACAAUCAGGUAACAAUAAAAUAAUCAUGGUAAAUGGUGAUAACAAGGCUUAUUCUCAGGCAAACGACUUGGAUACAACUGAGCCAUUGGACAAUGGCCAUCAUGAAAGUUCCGAGUUCAGAGUUUGUACUAAUAAUGUCAGUACUUACACCAGUAAUUGUAAUAACUCUGAUAAUUAUAAAAAUCCAACUUCUACUUAUAAUAUUGUAUCAUCUGGUGUAACUACUCCUAUCCAUAGUGCUUGUGUAUCUCCUGGUCAAAGUUUACAGACUAAUAUGCAAGUUCCAGUUUUAACGAGUCAGCCAAUUUCAACUUCUGUGCAAGCACCACAGCCACAAAGUCUUACCCAAGUUCAAUUACCAACCCAGCAUAAUAAUAUUAAUCAGAAUUGUCUACCACAUUCCAGCUUACAGUCUCAGCAGAUACAACAAGUGAUUGCAAAUGCCGGAGUAAUGCAAUCUCAGUUACAACAAACUCAACCAGUUAUCAAUGUUAUGCAAAAUCAAAACCCAUCAAUACAACCACAGUCUAUUCAACAUAUAAAUUCUGUAGAACAAAAUGUCACUCAAACAAUGCCACAACAAUAUCAACCUAUGUCACAGGCAAAUUUACAACAACAAAUUAUGCAGCAUAACAUACCAGCACAAUUUCAAAAAUCAUUUGUUCAACAGAAUCAAUCCGUUUUACCUAACUGUGCACCUAUACAGCAAUCAGUAAAUCAAAUGAUUAAUCAACAAGUUCCUCAAUAUUACAACUCCCCUCCAGUCCAGUCUCAAAAUGUUACUUCUGAAUCUUCAACUACGGUGUCUAUGUCCAAUCAACAUAUUGGCCAACAGCAAUUUCAGUCAAUACCUAUUCAAAAUCACGUACAACUUCAACAGAACCAACAACAAUUGCCACCCCCUGUGCAACAAAUGCAACAACAGCCUAGUCCUCAGCAAAAUAUGGUACAACAAAAUCAAAUGCAAUCUCAAAUGGUCCAACAAAAUCAGCAAUUGUCUCAUCAACCAACCAUUUCUCAGCCUAGUCAACCUCAACAAACCCAGUCUGUUCCUCAACAGAGUCAACAAAUGUCUCAGCAACAUAUCCAGCAGCCUCAACAAACACCACAACCCCAACAGACACACGUCCAGCAAGUAUCUUCUUCACAGCAACAGCAACAACAACAACAAGCCCCUCAACAAAUGCAACAAGUUGGACAACAACUACAAGGACCACAAGGUUCACAAAUCCAGCAGCAAUUGCCUCAGCAAACUCAUCAUAUCAACCAACUUACUCAAAUUACCAAUCAACCGCAACAAAUGCCCCAGUCAAAUCAAAUGCAACAAAUAGCUCAGCAAAGUCAGCAAAUUUCACAUCAACCUCAACAAAUUACACUACAGAGCCAACAGAUACCCCUACAGACUCAAUUACAGCAUUCUAAACAAAUGCAAACAACUCAAAUUCAGCCUCAGUCUCAACAGAUUCCUCAACAACAGCAGAUUCCUCAACAACAACAGAUUAGUCAGAGUCAAAUGAUACAUCAAAAUAAUCAACAAAUAAACCAUACAGGGCAAAUGAUUCCACAGCAAACUCUUAAUCAAGGACAACAGUUAAAUCAACAAAACCAACAAGUUCAACAGCAACAGCAACAGCAACAACAACCUCAACAACAAAUACAGCAACAAUUAGCCCAAACUAGCCAACCUAGUCAACCAAUGUCUCAACAAAUUCUACAACCAAAUCAAAGUAUGCCUCAACAAAAUCAAGUUCUAACUCAGCAGUUGGGAAUAAGUCAACCAAAUUCCCAAAUGUCUGUAUCUCAAUCUCAGAACCAACAAGUAAUUCAACCGCAACAGCCACAACACAUGCAACAAGCUGGUCAGCAAUAUCAACAACCUCAACAAAUGAUGCAAUCUCAGCCACAGCAAUUGCCAAUGCAAAAUAAUCAACCCAUCAUGCAUCAGCCAAGCUAUUCACAGGCACAAAGUUUGAAUGCUAUGCAACUGAAUCAAGCCGUAAUGCAAAUUCCGACUAACACUGUUACGUCUACUCAAAUGCAUAUACAGCAGCAACAGCCAGUGGGUCAAUCUAAUAUGAUGCAGCAACCUCAAAUUUCCGUUAUCCCGCAAAAUAACAUACAACCAAUUCCUAUGUCCCAACAACAAAUGACAUAUUCACUACAACAACAUGUGCCUAUUAACCCAAACUAUGCUAACAGUAUGCAAAAUUGUUACAUUCCUUCCCAACAACAAAUGGCUCCAUACAAACCUUCAAUGAAAACUGUAGAAACUGUCAAAAAAAAAGAAGACAAUAACACUGAAGAUGUUGAUAAUGGAACCACUAAUAACGCAACUACCACUGUAGCGAUCGAUAACAAAAUUGAACAAGCUAUGGAUUUGGUCAAAAGCCAUCUUAUGUAUGCUGUGCGUGAAGAAGUAGAAGUAUUAAAAGAGAAGAUUGCAGAGCUAAUGGAUAAAGUUGGACUACUAGAAACAGAAAACUCAAAUCUUAGGAUGCUUGUUCCACCAGAAAUGUUAGAACAAUACAACCGUGAAAAACAAAAAUCUACAAAUGGUCAGUCUACUCAUAAUCAAUAG